UAAUACAUUGGGCAAAAGACGCAAAAGCGUCAUGCGGCAGAGCCGUUAACUUAUUGGUUACGUGGCAGUGUUAGAGGUUCGUGGUUGGAAAUUGUCGAUAGAGGCAUGGCUGCUCCUCUUAUCCCCAGAAAUUCUACUCUGCACUCCCAUCUUCACCGUCAUUACCCUCUAAAUACUUACUUCACCUCCCGCUCUACCUUCAAAUCUCUCUCUCUCCUUUGUUCUGUCAAGAUGGAAGGGGCUGAAAUAGCCGAGGAAGUAUCAAAGAGAGAUGGGGAGGAUUUGAGUUCAAGGAAGAAAAUUUUUGUUGCUGGAGCCACUGGAAGUACCGGUAAGAGAAUUGUUGAGCAGUUACUAGCAAAGGGUUUCGCCGUCAAGGCUGGUGUUAGGGACUUGGACAAGGCCAAGACUACCCUUUCCCAAAGCAACAACUCGGCACUUCAAAUUGUAAAAGUAGAUGUCACGGAGGGUUCAGACAAGCUGGCUGCAGCCAUAGGGGAUGAUUCACAAGCAGUAAUAUGCGCCACUGGCUUUCGGCCUGGGUGGGAUUUGUUUGCUCCGUGGAAGGUUGACAAUUUUGGCACAGUAAACCUCGUUGAAGCAUGCCGUAGAGUUAAUGUGAACAGAUUCAUUCUUAUCAGUUCCAUUUUAGUUAAUGGAGCUGCGAUGGGACAGCUAUUCAAUCCUGCUUACAUCUUUCUAAAUGUUUUUGGACUCACUUUGGUAGCCAAACUACAAGCAGAGCAAUAUAUCAGGAAAUCUGGUAUAGAUUACACAAUAAUAAGGCCUGGCGGAUUGAGGAACGAACCUCCUUCUGGAAAUGUUGUUAUGGAACCUGAGGAUACCCUUUAUCGUGGUACCAUAUCCAGAGAUCAAGUCGCAGAAGUAGCCGUAGAGGCAUUGGCCUGUCCUGAGGCAUCUUAUAAAGUUGUGGAGAUAGUAUCUCAGCCUGAUGCUCCUAAACGCUCAUACCAGGAUCUUUUUGGUUCCAUAAGGCAGCGGUGAUUUCUUAGUUCAGGACUUCAUUAUGAGUGACGAUGUGCUUUCCUGAUUUUUGAUCUACUGGGUGGCAAAUAUGUACCUAUUGUAUUAUUACCAUGUGUGCUGCUUCAAUAAACUGUGGUAAUGUUAGAUGUAAAACAAAAAUAUUAAGCCAUUUCUUUGAGAUC